AUGUCUACCAAAACAGGAGUUCACGAAGGACUACACAUUGAGCCUAUUGAUAAUGCCGACGACAUAAUCCAGGCUUUUGAUUGUGUGUGCCAAGCAUUUGGUCGCCAGGUACAAGAUGGCAUUUUCAAGAUCCUAUAUCCGGAAUGGGAGACGCCCGAAGGACGAAUGCGCGGAGCCGCCCGGAUGGUCAAUCGCUGGCAACGCACCACCACGAACAGCAGUGGAAAUCCAAACACCGUGUUCCUCAAAGCCACAUUGCCUUGCGCAGAGACACCCGAUAAGCGUAUUAUUGCUGGGUUCGCUAUUUGGGUGCAAGCCUCUAAUGGAGAGGGCCACGGUGAUCCAGUCACCAAAAAAGAAGAUUUGGCUACUGCAUUGAACCUUGAGGAUCUUUUUCCCGGAAACGAACCCGAACAACGCUAUAUUUGUCAGACUCUUUCAUCUCUACACAAGUACCGCACUGAAGUAGUGAAGGAAAAAGCAACAGCAGUGCCCCCUGCUGUUAUGAUCUUGGAUAUGUGUGCCGUUGACCCGGCACAUCAGCGAAAGGGCAUUGCGGGAGCAUUGGUUCAAUGGGGGCUUGAUGAGGCUCAGAGACGAGGCAAUCUUGAAUUAAUAACGGAGGGAUCGGCCAUGGGGCGACAUGUUUACGGAAAAAUGGGGUUUAAGCCUCAAUCUGAGAUUGAGUAUUCGGUUGAUCCUGAAUUUUUAGCGCGCAGUAGGCCAUCUAAUGUUUUUAUGCGCACCGGGGAAAGUUCUUGA